GGCAGCAGUGCCCGCGCGUCGCCCGCGAACGACGGAACGCGUAUUCAAAAAACGUGGUACCCACUUUCGAUCGCUUCGGUAAUUCGCGAGUGCGAGAAAAUACGUCCGAAGGGCGUUUGAAUUUUUUGCCCCAUCGCCCCACCCGUUUCCGAAAUAAUAAAAAAAAAACAAAAAAAAAUUUGUUCAUUCUUUUUUUCCACCCCGUCGUUCUACUCUGGUUCGGAUGAACGCAUCUGCUCACCUACGGUUGAACGGAAAAUAAAAGUUUUCAGGGUGUUUUUUGGUCCCUCGAUUUCAGCCCCUAUAAAUUAGCAAGAUAUUAGUUAACCUGGUGGACCCGAUAAUAGGAAGAAAAAAGAAAAAAAAAAACAGUAAUCGAAAAUAAAUAUUAUCGAGUUUUCAAAAUUUUCAAUAAUAAAUAAAUUAGGAUAAUUAUUUUGAAAAUAAUCGUGAAAAUUGUGCCAAGUAACCACACAAAAGGACGGAUAUGUAUGUGCUAAGAGAAAAUUGAAAAGAACAAGAAAGUCAUAGGUGGUGAGAAAAAACGGGAGAGUACGACGGAGCUUUGAAGGAUUUUUCGAUGUUCGAGGGGACGAGAUCGCAGAUAUAUUUUCGUGCUGCUGCGGGAAAGAAAAAAUAUGCGGCGUAGCGAGUGCGGCAGUCGCAGUCGUUGCGUUACUAGUUUAAUUUUCGCAAGCGACCGGAGGGACUCAGAGAUUUGAAGAUGUGUCAUUUCAAGUUCAAGUGUUUGUGACGCGUUGCACCAAGAGUAAAAUCGCACGAGAAUUUUCGAGUUUUCUUUUUCCAAAUUUCGUUCACGAUUAUCGACCUCCGCAUCUACGCGCGGUCGGAGCUCAACGCGAUAUUUCUUCUCCGCCGCAGAGGUGUAAUCGUCCGGAUCGUCGGUCGCUAGAAAAAGGAGGAGGAAAUAAAAAAAAAAGGAAAAGUUGGAGGCAAAAAAUGAAUAAGCUCAUCCGAAGGUGGCGCGAGUGACGGUGCGAGGAAGUGAAAAAUAAUUUUCUUCCUUUUCAUUUUAUUCAGAUUUAUUUCCGUUCGGUUGUUUUCCACACAUUUUUCGUCUAUUCAAUUUUCAACACCAUGGCGCUCCAGUACGUCAUCAUAGUUAUUCUGGUGACGACGGCCGUCUCGCUUCCUCCGGUGAUAAGAAUAGGUGCAAUUUUUACGGAGGAUCAAAAAGACAGUCCCUCGGAAUUGGCGUUUAAAUACGCCGUCUACAGGAUCAAUAAGGAUAAAAGUAUACUGCCGAAUACCACCCUGGUAUACGAUAUCCAGUACGUGCCAAAAGACGACUCGUUUAGAACCAGCAAAAAAGCUUGCAAGCAGCUUUCCAGGUCGGUUCAGGGGAUUUUCGGACCUUCCGAUCCGCUGCUCGGUGCGCACAUUCAGAGCAUCUGCGAGGCCCUAGACGUUCCGCAUCUAGAGGCGAGGGUUGACUUUGAGCCAACCUUCAAAGAGUUUAGCAUAAAUCUCUACCCCGCACAGGAUCAUCUGAACAGAGCGUUUAAGGACCUCAUGUCAUUCUUGAAUUGGACUAGAGUAGCCAUAAUUUACGAGGAGGAUUACGGUCUCUUCAAGCUUCAGGACCUCGUGAAAUCUCCACCUUCGACGAGGGCGGAAAUGUACAUUCGACAGGCCGGUCCCACCUCGUACAGACAAGUUUUAAGGGAGGUUCGACAUAAAGAAAUUUAUAAACUGAUAGUCGACACUGAUCCAGCGCACAUGCAGCAGUUCUUCAGAGCGAUACUGCAACUGCAAAUGAACGACUACAGAUACCACUACAUGUUCACAACUUUCGAUAUAGAGACCUUUGAUCUCGAGGACUUCAAGUACAAUAGCGUAAACAUGACUGCAUUUCGACUGGUAGACGUUGAAGAACCAAGAGUCGCCGAAGUACUGCGACAAAUGGAACGAUUUCAACCUGUGGGACACGCUAUUUUAAACAAAACCGGUGUCAUACAGGCAGAACCAGCGCUCAUGUACGACAGCGUGCAGGUUUUUGCCCACGGAUUAGCGGCGUUGGAUCGCAGCCACGUACUGAGACCCGCAAAUUUAUCCUGCGACAAAGAAGAGCCUUGGGACGACGGUUUGUCGUUGUACAACUACAUCAACGCCGCUGGUCUUCACGGACUGACUGGCCAUAUUGAAUUCAACGAGGGAAAGAGGAACAACUUUAAACUGGAUCUCCUAAAACUUAAGAGGGAGGAAUUGGUCAAGGUUGGAGAAUGGAAACCAGGGAGUGGAGUGAACGUUACGGACGUCGGAGCUUUCUACGAGACGACAGCCGCCAACAUCACGCUCGUCGUUAUGACCAGAGAGGAGAAGCCAUACGUCAUGGUGAAGGAGGACAAGAAUUUAACCGGAAACGCCAGGUUCGAAGGUUUCUGCAUAGACCUUUUAAAAUGGAUAGCUAACCAGGUCGGUUUCCAAUACGCAAUUCGACUGGUUCCCGAUCACAUGUACGGUGUAUACGAUCCGGAGACCAAGGAAUGGAACGGUAUCGUUCGCGAGCUCAUGGAAAAGAGGGCGGAUUUGGCCGUCGCCUCUAUGACGAUAAACUACGCCAGGGAAAGUGUGAUUGACUUCACGAAGCCCUUCAUGAAUCUUGGAAUCGGCAUACUGUUUAAGGUUUCCGGGAGAAUGCCAUCGCGUCUCUUCUCAUUCAUGAAUCCACUCGCGGUGGAGAUCUGGCUGUCGAUGCUAGGGGCUUACGUGAUCGUGUCACUGACCAUUUGGAUAGUGGCGAGAUUUUCCCCAUACGAAUGGGUCGAGCCAGCGCCCUGUCCAAGCUGCAAGUGUCCUCUACAGGGGGGUCACGUGAGCGCUCUGGAACCGGACAGCGACGACAUCCCUUUGCCCCGUACAGUGAACGACUUCACCCUGGCCAACAGCUUCUGGUUUACGGUCGGAACGCUCAUGCAACAGGGGAGCGACCUCAACCCCAAGGCAACCAGCACGCGAAUCGUCGGCGGGAUAUGGUGGUUCUUCACGCUGAUCAUCAUAUCGUCUUACACCGCUAAUCUGGCGGCGUUUCUCACGGUCGAAAGGAUGAUAACGCCGAUAGAGAACGCCGCGGAUCUCGCCGAGCAAACGGAGAUCGCAUAUGGAACUCUGGAGGGAGGAAGUACGAUGACAUUCUUCAGGGACUCGAAAAUCGGCAUUUACCAGAAAAUGUGGAGGUUCAUGGAGUCGAAAAGACCAGCGGUAUUCGUAUCCACGUACGAGGAGGGGGUUAAAAGAGUGCUGGAGGGCGACUACGCAUUUCUCAUGGAAUCUACCAUGCUGGAUUACGCGGUGCAACGUGAUUGCAAUUUGACGCAAAUCGGCGGACUUCUCGACAGCAAAGGCUACGGGAUCGCGACGCCCAAGGGUUCUCCUUGGCGCGACAAAAUAUCUCUGGCGAUUCUAGAGUUGCAAGAAAAAGGGGUGAUCCAGAUACUCUACGACAAGUGGUGGAAAAACACCGGCGACGUUUGCAAUCGCGACGAAAAGAGCAAGGAGAGCAAAGCUAACGCAUUGGGGGUGGAAAAUAUCGGUGGCGUCUUCGUGGUUCUGCUGUGCGGACUCGCCCUCGCCAUACUCGUAGCUAUCCUCGAAUUUUGUUGGAACUCCAAGAAACACGCGCAAUCAGACAGGUCACUCUGCGCGGAGAUGGCAUCCGAAUUGAGAUUCGCCGUGAGAUGUGGAUCUCGCCAAAGGCCGGCUACGAAACAGAGGAUAUCACGCGAGGGUCAUCUCCCUUGUCCACGGUGUAGUCCCGGCGCUUCCCUUAGGAGAGGGAGGUACUGCGGCCACGAGGAAACCACAUACGUACCUAGCAUCGAGUUGCCUCGACUAAAUGCAGGAGGCUGGGGCGUUGCCGAUGACGGAGAUGAAGAAGUCAUUGAGCUUCGAAGUAGCCACAUGCAGGGGAGUUGGACGGGGCGGGGGGAACACCUAGCACAGGCCUCCUCCUCGUCUGCAACCACCGCCAUGCAGAACCCCGACGCACACUCACCCACCGCCACCGCCCCCGUUACUUCCACCCCCGCCCCCUCACACACACGCGCAUCACUCGCACGCGCACGCCCACUCUCACACGCACACGCACAAACAUCAUCAGCCACCCCCGCCGAGGCUGAGACGGGACUCUUCCGGCAUCGGGUCGGCUCAAGGAGGUGACCACCCUGAGAGCAUACUCUGGAGGUUCGACUGCGACCUGGCGGGUGAACCCGACGUCAUUAUAUCGCCCCCACCUCCGCCACCUCCGCCGUCCGCAGCGGUAUCCCGAACUACAACCCUUUGACCAAUA